AUGGAUUCUUCAUCAACUAUGCUGUUCAACCAGCUCAAGACCGCAGAACCAUUUUUCCUACUAGCUGGUCCUAAUGUGAUUGAAUCGGAGGACCACAUUCUGCGUAUGGCCAAGCACAUUAAGGCUAUCACUUCUAAACUUGGGUUGCAAUUGGUUUUCAAGUCAAGCUUUGACAAAGCUAAUCGGACAUCUUCCAAAUCAUUUCGUGGUCCUGGCCUCAGUGAAGGCUUGAAGAUCCUUGAAAAAGUGAAAAUAGCAUAUGACCUUCCCAUAGUCACUGAUGUACAUGAAGCCAUUCAGUGUGAAGCAGUCGGCAGGGUUGCAGAUAUUAUUCAGAUUCCUGCUUUUCUGUGCCGACAGACGGAUCUUUUAGUUGCAGCAGCCAAAACUGGAAAAAUUGUCAACAUUAAGAAGGGUCAAUUCUGUGCUCCUUCGGUCAUGUUAAAUUCUGCUGAAAAGGUCAGAUUGGCUGGGAAUAACAAUGUAAUGGUUUGCGAGAGAGGAACCAUGUUUGGCUACAAUGAUUUGAUUGUAGAUCCACGCAACUUCGAGUGGAUGAGGGAAGCAGAUUGUCCUGUGGUGGCUGAUGUCACACAUUCGUUGCAGCAACCUGCUGGGAGGAAGUUGGAAGGUGGCGGUGUUGCUAGUGGAGGUCUUCGUGAAUUAAUCCCUUGCAUUGCAAGGACAGCAGUUGCUGUGGGAGUGGAUGGAAUUUUCAUGGAGGUACAUGAUGACCCUCUAAAUGCUCCAGUGGAUGGUCCAACACAGUGGCCUCUGCGCCAUCUGGAGGAACUGCUUGAAGAGCUUGUGGUAAUUGCUAGGGUUAGCAAAGGGAAGCAACAGAUGAAAAUUGAUCUCACUCCAUUUCAUCCAUAG